UGUUCCACGAAUUGAUUUCGAUGGGAGGAGUUUGUUGCCUCAGGGGAGUAUGUGAGCGCAAACACCUUCAGCAUCUUUUCAAGCUGCGCUUUCAUGUGGAGCCGCAGCUUCGCGGCGAAGUUGGUGUUCUUUCCCCCCCCCUCCAACUCCUGACAGGAGAGCUGGAUGGCGUGGACGUGGGUGGCAAUGAUGCGAACUUCAGCGCGAAUCCUCGGACGCCCCGAGUGGUGCGGAAACAAACACUGCAGAAACAAGCGGCAAGAGACCAAGACAGCCAGGUCUUGUCAAAGCUCCCUGUACCCCCACUGAAACAAACCCUCGACACCUACCUGAAAUGUGUCCAGCAUCUUGUGAAAGAAGAGCAGUUUAUGAAGACUAAGACCAUCGUGGAGAAGUUCGGGGCUCCCGGAGGUGUCGGAGAGGUUCUGCAGAAGAAACUUUUGGAGCGGAGCGACAAGACAGCUAACUGGGUCUAUGACUACUGGCUGGAGGACAUGUACUUGAGUAAUAGGUUGGCCCUGCCGGUUAACUCCAGUCCCGCCAUGGUGUUCCCAAAACAGGUUUUCAGAGAUCACAAAGAUGCUCUCAGUUUUUCGUGUUGGAUGUGGUCGCAAACAACAAGCAGCUCAAUGAGACAGAGAUCUUAUCCCAGCUGGAGAAGAUCAUGAAAAUGUCAGAAAAUGCUGAAGAGAGACACCCUCCUUUUGGGAUCCUGACCUCAGAUGGAAGGACUGAAUGGGCACAAGCUAGAGAGGCACUAACAAAAGAUCAAACUAACCGGGACUCUUUGGCUCUGAUCGAGAGCUCUGUAUGUGUGGUGUGUCUGGAUGAGCCCUGCGGCCUUCCACCCAGCGACACCAACAGGGCUCUGAUGAUGCUACACGGUGGUGGCCGGGAACGAAAUGGAGCAAACCGCUGGUAUGACAAAUCAAUGCAGUUUAUUGUAGGAAAGGAUGGGGUGUGCGGGGUGGUGUGUGAACAUUCUCCAUUUGAGGGAAUAGUCAUGGUGGAGUGCUCAGAGUUCCUUAUGAAACAAAUAUCAGCAAGUUCCUCCACGGUGGUCGAGCCAUCCAGCAGUAGAGCACUCCCCCCUCCAAGAAGGCUGCUCUGGAAAUGCAACUCCCACAUUCAAGCCCUCCUAGAAGCGUCUGGAGACAGACUCCAGAGGCUGGUGAAUAAUCUGGACAUGGACGUAUUCACAUUUGAAGGUUAUGGAAAAGAAUUUAUCAAAAAACAGAGGAUGAGCCCAGACGCAUUCAUACAAGUCGCGCUGCAGCUUGCAUUUUACAAAUGCAGAGGAAGGCUGGUGACCACGUAUGAGAGUGCUUCACUCCGUCGCUUUCAAGAAGGCCGGGUAGAUAACAUUCGCUCAGCCACACCUGAAGCCCUGGCCUUUGUUAGGUCGAUGGCGGACGAGAGAGCAUCUUUCACAGAAAAAAUGAAACGACUGAAGGAUGCAGUAAAGGCCCAAACAGGCUAUACGCUUGCAGCGAUUACAGGAAUGGCAAUAGACAAUCACCUCCUGGGGCUUCUGAAGGUCUCAAAGGAGCUGAACAUGGAGAAGCCUGAGAUCUUCUGUGAUGAGACAUAUCUGGCCAGCAACCAUUUCAUCCUCUCUACUAGUCAGGUUCCCACCACGGUGGAAAUGUUCUGCUGCUACGGCCCGGUAGUGCCCAAUGGCUACGGCGCCUGCUACAACCCGCAGGCGCACCACAUCGUCUUCAGCGUGUCGAGCUUCUGGGAGAACUCGGAGACGAGCUCGGCCGUUUUUGUCAAAGCCCUGAACGAGGGCCUGUUGGAAAUCAAAGACCUGUGCAAUGCAGGCGCAGGCGCAGGCGCAGCUGCAGUCGCAUCUGCAGGCGCAUCUGCAGGCGCAGGCAAAGGCGCAGCCGCCAAACCGACCGCAGGCAGCAAGGCCGCCGGCCCGCCUCAUAAAUCAGGAAAGUAAGCCAUAGAGGAAGAACAACCCCACUCGUCUGCUUUGCUCUCUGAGUUAGACUCAGUAACUUGCUUGCGCAACAAUGUUCUUCUAACGGGUAAAUAAAAAAGCCUUAAAAAUGUACAUAUAACUACAUAAGAAAAGAACAUGUAAAUAUUAAAAAAAUAUAUCAUAGAAAAUAGUAGUGAAGAAGUAAUUUUUGUUUUGGACCUUUUAGAGUGAUGCGGGGUCCAAAACUGACUGGUGGACUGAAGUUAAUCGGUCUGCUGCACUUGAGGAACUUAAAGCCAUUUGUUUUAUUUAUUUAUUUAUUUUAUUUUUAGCAUUGAUCUGAGAAUUCAAGCCUCAGUCUAAGAGUUAUUUAAAGUAUCUGUAUGUAUAUCCGACACUUGUAAAGUAGUUGCCAAUGAGAAAGGACAGUGGCUAAAAAAAUAAAGAGUAUAAAAUUAGUUUGUUGUGACAUCUGGUAGAUGUAAAUCAGCAAGCUUUGCUAGUUUGUCAACACUGUGAAUUUAAAUGUGCAAUAGUAUAAAGUAUUAAUAUAUGUUUAUUUUUUUAAUUUUCACAUGAGGUCUCUAAAGAGGUGUGGAUAUGUGAACAUAUGUAAAGUAUAUGUAUCUGUUAAAGCACUUUAACACACACACACACACACACACACACACACACACACACACAGACACACACACAUAGAAAUUUACAUGCACCGUAUAAAAAGAUAACUUAUCAUUCCUGGUUUUCUGACAUUAAAUCACACUAAACUGUCCCUGUUUUAGGCCAGAUUUAGAUUAACAAAAGUCCCCAAUAUACCAAAAACGUCAGAUAAUUUAUUUAGAUUCAGAUGCCUACAAACACUCCUUGGUAUGUGGUUGAAUUGCUUUUAAAGCACCGUGAUUUCGCUCAAAUGUUUUGGGUAUCCCUUCACAAGCUGCUCACAAUAGUUUGCUGUAAUCAAAACUCAUUCGUCCUUAAAGAACUGGUGCAACUGAAUUUAGGUUUGUAGGCUUGCACACAUUUGGCCGCAGAAUCUCUAUAGGAGUGAGAUUAGGGCUUUGUAAUGAUCAGCCCCAAACAUGGUUAUCUUUUUCCCAUUUCCUAACUAAUUUUGUCUGAUUAGAUUCCAAUUAGAGGACUCCAAUGCACUUUACUUCCUCUGUGCUUACAUAUGUCCUCGUAAUGCUGUCUUUAAAAAGUGCACCGUCUCCCCUGCACAAAAACAUUCCCACAAACAGAUGCUCCCACUCUCAUACUUUAAAUCCAAAAUGGCUUUCUCAGGCUAUUGUAUAGUCACUUGCAGAUACUUGUUUGAAAAUGAUCGGAGCUCCUUCAGGCAUCUUAAAUAUGUAGCCAAGGGUGAACCACACUUAUUUACGUCCAUUAUGUCACACAAGGCAGCAAUAUGUAUGAAGUGUUACCUUGAAAUAUUUCCACUUGCCUCCAUUGAGCUCAAAUGUUGUGGAUUAACGUAUCAGAAAGGUAAAGAAAAAAAAUAGCAUCCUAGUAAUUUUUAGAAAUCGCAAUAAAAAAUUAUCAAUAAUUUUUAUAAUUCUAGUUGUAAAUAGACCUAACAUAAAUGAUACUUAAUCUGAUUUCAUGUCAGAAAAUAAGGGGAAAAAAGGUUAUCUGUCUUUUUUAUACGAUAUAUGUAAAUGUCUUCAGCUCUAUAGUCCUAUUCAAUAAAUUAGUGUUUAUUUCUCUAACUCAAUGCACUAAGUGGAACACAUUAUGAUGAUUAAACAGACCAAAUCUGAUAUUUUCACCUUUCUUUCACAUAAUUGUGAUGAUUUAGCGCUCAAAGCUAAUCAAAGCACAACAUUUAAGAUUAGAAUAU